AUGACAUUUUCCAAGGUCUGCAGCUGUUGGAAGCUGCUCUACCAGUGGACUUCGUCUUGGGGGAAGAAGAACGCGGAGUCAGAUGGCAGUCACCCCCCGGCCCCUGACGAGACCUCGCACGCCAGGAAGCCCUCGGUGGUCUACACUUGCGGACCUUGCGGUGGCGCCGGCGGGAGCGAGAGGAACAUGGGUGCAGAUCCCGGCACUCGCAUCCUAAAGGUGAUGGUUCGCCAUGGGCUUGCCGUGGACGCCAUUAGAAUUCUGUACCGGCGCGACGGCCGCGACGAGUGGACCGACUGGUGGGGGGGAAGAGGAGGGCAACUUUCCGAGGUCGUUCUGGAUGAUGAACGCGAUGAAUACUUGGCAUGCGUAAGUGGUCGCUACGGCAUUUGCGGCGGCUACCUGGUGAUAAAGUCGCUGACUUUUGCCACCAACAAGAGGACGUAUGGGCCGUUCGGGGUGGAAGAUGGUGCUCCUUUCAAGUUGGAUGCAGGAGGUCAAAGGAUCGUGGGGUUCUUCGCCCGCGCUGGCCAAUUCCUCGACGCCAUCGGGGUUUAUACAGCUUGA